AUGCACAAACCUAGACUCGUGACUUUGAAGAAGGAUAUGGAACGUGGAGGGUUCCAUGGCUACGGCAAGUUAUCCCUAAACACCACCAAUCCUUUUGAACCAAGGGGCAGCAUGCAGCUAACAGUAUUCAAGCAGCCUAACAAAACGGCUAAUGGCGGGGAAGAGGAGUGCACGGUGAGAGAGCAAGACAGGUUCAUGCCUAUUGCCAACGUGAUAAGAAUCAUGCGUAGGAUCUUACCUAUUCAAGCCUAUUCCAAGGAGACGAUUCAAGAGUGUGUGUCAGAGUACCAUCAGCUUCGUAACAGGGGAGGCCACUGA